AGAAAUUCGCCUUUUUGAUUAUUAUUAUAACAAUUAAUUGUGCUAUUAUAGCUAGCAUAGAUCCACAAGUUCAUAGUUCAAACUAGCCAUUGCCAUUGCUUUGUAGAUAUAACGAGUGUCAAUAAAUUAGCACUAUAUUCUGAAUAUGGAAGAUCCAGAUCCAAUCUCUUUACCUGGAUUGAUAACAUUCCUGAAAGCUCACGACUAUCCACUAGUCCACGGAAUGGGGUGUGAUGAAGCGACGAAGGUGUUUCAUAAAUCUAACCGCUGCUUUGUUGUAUGUUGGGCACUGAAUUUGUUGAAUAAAGAGUAUAGUUGUAUUCUUAAAGGCAGGGAGAGAGAUGAAACUUUCUUGGCCGAUAUUCUUUGCUGCCAAGGCUUUUGUACUGAAACGGAAAAGGCUGGAUUUAUGGAUGGUAGUUUGGAUAUUCACAAACAGCUUCAAAUUUUCUAUGUAAUGUUCAACUUCAUUGACGAAGUGAAAAAGUCAGAAGCGCUUACUGAAGAAGUUAAACCAAUAACAUUAGAGGACUUAAAUAUUUUAGAAAACAGGGAUUUAAACCUUUUCCCCAAUUUUGCAAUCAAACCUUUGUCAAACGAAGAAUACCAAUGUAUAAGCGACCAAGAAAGUAUUCUAGAAGAACUUUAUAAAUUGCAUUUGAAAUCUGACAAUUUACAUUUAGAAAUUGAUAAUAAUAAAAAGAAUUUGGAAACAGCAUUGAAAUUUACUAAAACUGUAAAUGGUGAAAUAAAUGAAAACUUUAGUAAGUUUGAAAAAGAAGUGAAUUCCGUUCAAUUAUUGGAACAAAAAAAAAAGAUUAUGUCCUCGAAUAAAAAACCUAAAUAUGAGAUCGAUCCGACAUCAGGGAACCUAUUUGCUGAGUGUAAUGAAAAUUUACGCAUAAUAAAUCAGUACAUUGACAACUUAAAAACAUUACAAGAAUUUAAAGUUGAAGUUAAAGAACAACCUGAUUAUUCCGUAUUUAAGCUUCUACCUUUGUUAGCUAACCAACUAAAACAAUAGUUUUUGAUAAUUUGAUAUUUGUAUUUAAAUAAAUUUUGUAUUACAUAAACUUAGAUAUUUUAGUAUUGAGGCCUUAUUCUUCCAUUGUCAAAAUUAUACCUUAAAAUGGCAUGAUAUUAAAAGUAUAUUAUAGUAGUGCAAUCAUUUCUUUGAUUCUUCAAUAACUUUAAUAAUUAGCCGAGUAACCUGAAAGUUUUCAUCAACAAUGUUUUCAAUCGCAUUGAAAUGAUCAAUUGCCUUUAAAACUUUGUAUUCCGCAUCAAUAUUAUUCCCUUUGAGCUUUUCAUAAAACAUUUUUCCUUGCUCUAUAAACCUAGGAGAAUCGAAUUCUGCUACUAUAACAUAAAACUUAAUAUGUUCAGGGGUCGAAAUAUUCAAAUAUUGCGGACUCAAUUCUUUUGCAGUUUCUUCAGUUAAUUUUAAACCUUGGUUGAUGACGGUUUUAGUUAGAGGCGUUAAGUCGUAGAUGCCGCAAGAUAUGAAAACUGCUUUGAUAAGAUUUUGUUCUUCGGUUGGUAAAUUAGUAAUAACAUUUGAAAAUAGGUAGGCAAUCAUAUGGGCGCCUGCAGAAUGUCCCGAAAGGAAAACGGCC